ACUUGUUAUCAGAAUGCUGUUCCACCUGAGAAGAGAAAUGCUGUCCUCUGAUUGGCUGAUGACUUCUGCACAUAUUUCAUCACUAUAAGAUUUUCCGUAAGCAGCCACGUGCGCUACGACAAGAAGGAGGCAGCAAAUCCACGUGUGCAUUGUGGUACACAGCAGCAGAUAACCGCCAGCUCCAUCUCAACAUGACUCGGAGGUGAUCUUCAGCGCGUCCCGGUGGUUCUGGGUUCCAGGUUGGUGUGGUAAGAGCAAGCUGACUGCAGGAGACCACCUGGGGCAGUUUGUCCCUGGCUCUCAAGCGAUCAAGGAGGGCUUUGCCAUCUGCUGUGCAUCAUGGAGAAGGAAGACCUGAAGGUCCUCAACAAGGGGGAAGAAGAAGAGAUGGAGCUGCAAGGCUUCCGUCUGUGCCCUUGGCGACUGGCACUGGUGGGUGUUGGGGUCCUGUGUACAGGGGGCUUCCUGCUCCUGCUGCUCUACUGGAUGCCAGAGUGGUGCGUCAAGUCCACCUGCGUCCCCACCUCUGCCUGUGAUGCUGAAGUGGUGUUGCUGCGCUCCACGGAUGAAUUCCGGCGCUGGUUCCUGGCUAAGGUUCGAGUGAUGCUAGCCCCAGGGAGCAACCCCUUCCACAGCCUGGACACCCAGACCACCUCCCCUCCCUCCCCUCCCUCCCCAUCCAUGGCCAAUGGAGACACCCGGCCCCCUCAGGAGCUCAUCAGAAGUUAUGUGGACUACCAGCCCACAGCGAUCCGUUACUUCACGCUCCACAGCACAAAGUACUAUUGGAACGAGCGAGUGCAGAACUUUGAAGACUUAACAGGUCUGGAGGAUCUCAAUGUGAGCUGUGCUGCGCUCCACUCGGAGCACAGCAGGGGUCUCACCAGGAACCAGCAGGAGUACAGGAAACUCUUCUUUGGAGUGAAUGAGAUUGAAGUGAAAGUGCCUUCUGUUUUCAAGCUGCUUAUCAAAGAGGUCCUCAACCCUUUCUACAUCUUCCAGCUCUUCAGUGUGAUCUUGUGGAGCGCCGAUGAAUAUUACUACUAUGCUGUGGCCAUUGUUAUCAUGUCACUUCUCUCCAUAGCUACCUCUCUCUACGCCAUCAAAAAGCAAUAUGUCAUGCUUCAUGAUAUGGUGGCAGCUCACAGUACUGUACGUGUGUCUGUAUGCCGAGCCAACAACGAAAUUGUAGAAGUGUUGUCGAGCGACCUGGUGCCCGGGGACGUGAUGGUGAUCCCCAGCAACGGGACCAUCAUGCCAUGCGAUGCCGUGCUGGUCAGCGGCACCUGCAUCGUCAAUGAAAGCAUGCUCACAGGGGAAAGUGUUCCUGUGACCAAGACCAACCUUCCAAACCAGUCGCCAGGCGAGAGUGGAGAUGAGGCUGAGAGCGCCUACAGCACAGAGGAGCAUAAGAGACACACCCUUUUCUGUGGCACCAACGUCAUCCAGACACGUUUCUACACCGGCGAGCUGGUCAAAGCCGUGGUGGUCCGCACAGGCUUCAGCACGGCCAAAGGCCAGUUGGUACGCUCCAUCCUUUACCCCAAACCCACCGACUUCAAGCUGUACCGCGAUGCCUACCUUUUCCUCCUGUGUUUGGUGGGUGUGGCAGGCAUUGGCUUUGUCUACUCCAUCGUCCUCAGCGUCAUGAACAAGGUGCCAGCCAAGACCAUCAUCAUCGAGUCCCUGGACAUCAUCACCAUCACCGUUCCACCGGCGCUGCCAGCCGCCAUGACAGCUGGCAUUGUCUAUGCCCAACGACGUCUCAAACGAAUUGGAAUUUUUUGCAUCAGCCCGCAAAGGAUCAAUAUUUGUGGGCAGAUCAAUCUGGUGUGCUUUGACAAGACUGGAACUCUGACAGAAGAUGGUUUAGACCUGUGGGGAGUCCAGAGAGUUGAGAAUGGCGGAUUCCAGCAAUCCGAAGAAAAAGCCUACAAGGAGAAUCUGGUGAAGUCCCAGUUUGUUGCUUGCAUGGCCACUUGCCACUCUCUCACCAAAAUAGAAGGCCAGCUAUCUGGAGACCCGCUGGAUCUCAAAAUGUUUGAGGCCACCGGCUGGAUCCUGGAGGAAGAUACUGAGGAAGAAACGUCUCUCCACAACCGCAUCACGCCCACUGUGGUUCGACCCCCAAAGCAGCUGUUGCCCCCACAGCCUGUACUACCGGAGCAGGACCUGGAACUCUACGACCUGCCUUCACAGUAUGAGAUAGGUAUCGUGCGGCAGUUUCCCUUUUCCUCGGCACUGCAGAGGAUGAGUGUGGUGGCUCGUCUGCGGGGGGAGAAGCGUAUGGACGCCUACAUGAAGGGAGCACCAGAGAUGGUGGCUCGUCACUGCAAGACAGACACAGUGCCAGAUACCUUUGCAGAGGUUUUGGAGGGCUACACCAAGCAGGGUUUCCGAGUCAUCGCUCUGGCUCACCGACGCCUUCAAUCCAAACUCACUUGGCACAAAGUGCUGAACAUAAGCAGAGAUCACAUCGAGACCAACAUGGACUUCCUGGGUCUAAUAAUCAUGCAGAACAAGUUGAAGACAGAAACCACAGCGGUGCUACAGGAUCUGCGCAGAGCCAACAUUCGAACUGUAAUGGUUACUGGCGACAACAUGCUGACAGCGAUCUCUGUAGCACGAGACUGUGGAAUGAUUCCUCCACAGGACGCCGUCAUCAUUGCUGAGGCCAUGGCGCCACACGAUGGGCAGACGGCAAGAAUCACCUGGAGAUAUGCUGACUCGCCGAGCAUGGCGACAAGUCUGGAGGAGGUGAACAUCAGCCUGGAGGAUGUGUGUCACAUCUAUGAACCCAAAGAGCAAGAGCGCUACCAUUUUGCUAUGAAUGGAAAGUCCUUUUCGGUCAUCUCGGAGCAUUUCCCAGAUCUGCUCCAGAAGCUGGUGCUCCAUGGAACAGUGUUUGCCAGAAUGGCCCCGGAUCAGAAAACUCAGCUCGUUGAGGCCCUGCAGGAUGUGGAAUACUUUGUGGGAAUGUGUGGCGAUGGUGCAAACGACUGUGGGGCUUUGAAGAGGGCUCAUGGGGGCAUCUCUCUGUCAGAACUGGAGGCUUCUGUGGCCUCUCCCUUCACCUCCAAAACACCAAACAUCUCCUGUGUGCCAAGUCUCAUUAGGGAAGGCCGUGCUGCUCUGGUCACCUCCUUUUGUGUCUUCAAGUUCAUGGCUCUUUACAGCAUCAUCCAGUACAUCAGUGUCACCCUCCUUUACUCCAUUCUCAGCAACCUCGGAGAUUUCCAGUUCCUCUUCAUCGAUAUUGCCAUCAUUCUUUUCCUGGUGUUCACCAUGAGUCUCAACCCAGCAUGGAAAGAGCUGGUUGCACGUCCUCCUCCGUCAGGCCUAAUCUCCGCACCGCUGCUCCUGUCGGUGCUCAGUCAGAUCCUGCUCAACUUUGGCUUCCAGAUAUGUGCAUUUUUCUGGGUGAAACAGCAGCCCUGGUACAGCGUCUGGACACCACAUGCGGAUGCCUGCAAUGUGACAUCACCUACAAACAUGUCCGACCGGAACAGCACAGAAGUGGACGACCACAACAUCAAAAACUACGAGAACACCAGCCUCUUCUACGUGUCCUGCUUCCAGUACCUCAUUGUCUCCAUUGUCUUCUCCAAGGGCAGACCUUUUCGGGAACCAAGCUACAAGAACUGGCCUUUUGUGCUCACGUCUUUGACUUUGUUGGUCUUCCUGCUGUCCGUCAUGUUCUACCCUGCUAAAGCCAUCGAUGACUUCUUGGAGAUUGUUUGUGUUCCCAUGGACUGGAAAGUGAAGCUCCUCCUCCUGGUGCUGGUCAACGCCGCAGCGUGUGUUGUGGUGGAGACCUUCAUCAUUGACAUCGUCUUAUGGAAAGUUGUGUUCAGCAGAGACAAACAGGGCAUCACUGCUGCUGCCCCACCAUCACAGAAGAGCAUAGAUGUGUCAGCAGACAGGUGUCUGCAGUGUCCCAGCAAGGUGGCGCCAAAAGCUCGCUACAUGCAUCUGGCGCAGGCGCUCAGCGUGGACCCCGACUGGCCCCCGAAGCCAACCACCACUACUGAAGCCAAGCCCCGCCCACAAAAUGGCUCCUCUUGCCUAAUGGUCAGCAACUCCUAAACUCCCAUAAUCCUUUGCCUCUUGUCACUGGCCAUGAUGAUUGUACCACAUGAACCACUAACACUCCCAACAUUCGCAAAUAUUAUUUUUUACAUGCAAAAAGUACUGAAAUAUGAACAAGCUUGAUUUUAGCUCCACCCCUACUUCCUGUGUGUGCUGUGUUGUCAUGGCAACAACAAUGACUAGAUGCCUUUGCUCUACUGUACACCGUGGUCAUUACUGUACAUGUCAUUACUGUACACCAUGGUCAUUACUGUACAUGAUUAUCAUUACUGUACACUAUUGUCAUUACUGUACAUGAUUAUCAUUACUGUACACUAUUG